AUCAUGACCUCGUGCCGCAAUCCAAAAGCAAAGAAAUAAUCCAUACAUGCGAACAUGGCCCUCGCCCUCUCCCCACGGGGAAGAAGGGACGUGACGAGAGAGAGAGAGAGGGUUGCGCAAUAAUUCCCUCCUCCACCUCCACCACCAGCACCAUUACCCAGAAUAAUGACAACAACAAGAUCACAUCAUUCCUCUCGCGCAACCACCUCAUGGACGGCCGCUCUCAUCACUCGCUUUUCGAUCCCCGAUCGAAAUACACACACAUAUACAUAUACAUUUCAUCCGGAUCUCCCCUCCUCUCUCCCUAUCCUUCCCAUCCCCUCGAAAGGGCAAACCUUCCCUUCUCUUCGGGACGGCGCCGCCAUAGACGAGGAGGACAUUGUCCGACACUCGGAGCUGCUGUGCUUGUCUUCCAAGUUAUGACGGAAGAGCAUGGAUCAGGACAAGCCAUGCAGCGGUGGAGCGACGACAGAGGGGCCCUGCUGACGCUCGAAAUGUCGCUUGCCACCAUCGCGAGGACUCUCGAGAUCUCCUCGUCCGCGCGUCGGACGCGGCAUCGUGAUCGCAGAACGGCUCUGGGGGCGAGCUUUUCACUUCAGAUAUGCAGAGGAAAGCAACAUGACGAGGUUGGUCAGAUUCAAGGAUGAAUUUUCUUUCUUACUGUUUCGUCUAGUCUUUCAUUACGUUCCCUUCUCUCUCUCUCCUCUUUUCCAAGAGAAUUCUUUCCGUCGGUCGUUCAUCAUUACCAUCAUAGGCCCAUCUCGCCAUCCUGGUUCGCCAGGAGUUUUGAGCGCGGGCUCCUUUCCCGUGACGUCCCUGCGCGUGGGUCACUUCCAAGUCCUUCCAAAAAGUCGCAACGCUAGAAGAAAAGGG